GUCAUAACAUAACAUUCCUCCAAACACAUAGUUAUCAUCAAUUCCCCAACUAGUUUUAGCCACACUUGUGUCUUCUUCUGCUUUAAGCUAUGGCCUCUAACUUCAGCUUGAGAACUUUGAUGAUAUUUUCCCUUGCAUUUUGGCUCGCCCUGAAAGGCACUCUUGGAGGGAUAGAGUGUGAGACUCUAAGCCAUGACACAUGCUCAUUCGCUGUGUCAUCUGCUGGAAAACGGUGUGUGCUUGAGAAGCGCGUCAAGAGGACUGGUGAGGAAGCAUACACAUGCAGGACAUCAGAGAUUGAAGCUGAUAAACUGAAGGACCACAUUGAAACAGAGCAAUGCAUCAAGGCUUGUGGUUUGGACAGAAAGUCCCUUGGAAUCUCAUCAGAUUCUCUUCUUGAGUCUACUUUCACUCAGAAGCUCUGCUCCCCUCACUGCUACCAGUGUUGCCCAAAUGUUGUUGACUUGUACUUCAAUCUUGCAGCUGGUGAAGGAGUGUUUCUUCCCAAGUUGUGUGAAGCACAAGGUGUAAAUGCUCGUAGAGGAAUGGCUGAACUGAAAAGCUCUGGUAUUGUGGCACCUGGACCUGUGCACGGUGUGCAGUUCGCAGCUGCUCCUCCAAUUAACCCUGUGGAGCUCACAAUUGAACCCGCCGUUGCCCCGUCAGCAAACUAAAGCCUAGUCUAAUUUUUUAGAACACACAAAAGAAAUUGAGAGAGGCCUAUUAAACAACUUAGCAUAUAGUAGAAUACAAAUUGAGAGUCUAAUAAUGAAGUUGCACCUAAAAUGUAAGAUCGCUCGCUAUAUGGUUUGUGGCACAAUAUUUGGCAGGAAGUGCCCUUGCCUCCUCGUUAAUAAGGUGUAACUUUCACUAUAUUAUAAAUGCAUCUCUUUUACUGAUCAAA